AUGGGGCCGCCGAUCCAUCUCUUUCUGACGACCAUUGCUUCUCAGCCGGCUCUGAGACAGAGGCAAGAAUACCUCCUGCGGAUACUCCAAAUGAAGAAGAUCCCAUUUACAUCUUAUGAUUUGGCUUCGGACGAGGACGCAAAGCGAUUGUGGAGGAGGAAAGCGCCGUUGGACAAACAACAGUUACCUGGAAUUUUGGUAGGAUAUCAGUUCGUUGGAACUUUCGCGCAGUUCGAGGAAGCGGUCGAAUAUGGCGAACUAGACCAAUUCCUCAAACUCAAGGAACCUUGGGACCCUGCAAUUGACGAAGAGCGUCCGCCUCCGGUCGCCAAACCGAUUGGCGUUCCAGGCGCCGUCCUCCCCAUGGAAAUGACACCCGACCAUAUCAAGAAACACAUCAUCGCUGAACAGCAGUCCCCCCUCAGAAUUAAGAACAAGGACAAGAAACCGAUUCCCGUGAACAGAGAGGAUGAUUCCAAGAAGAUUGACUUGGGGGAGGAGAUAGCGGGGUAUGAGCUGCAGGGCUUGAAGGUAACGGAGGACGAAUUGAAGGAUCUGAUCGAGCAGCUUGGACUGGGUGGAGAUGAGGCUGAUGAUUUGGCCAAAGGUCUUUUGUCAGAUGAGAAGGGUUCUAAAGGGAAGCAAGUGGAGAAGGCUGAACCGACACCGGCGAAGGAAGUUAAGUCUGAGGUGAAGGCGGAGGCCAAGGAAGAGGAAGAGGGGGCCGAUGAAAGGAAGGGGGAGAAAGACGAAGAACCGAAGGAAGAUACCUCCAAGGCGCCGCCUAGUAAGGACGACACUGCGUAA